UCAUUUAUCACUUUUGGAUUCGAGUUGCUGUUAUCUAAUGGCGACCGAUUCAGGCGCUGAAUCUGGGAACGGUUCGAAGGAGCCAGAGAAGUCCCAGAUUGAGCCUUUUAGAAUGCCCUCGGCGGAGGAGAUCCGCGCCCAAGAAGUUUGGAACAACUGUGCUGUUCGCAGUGUUGUCAGUGGAGUCAUGGGAGGUGGGCUCGGGUUGUUCAUGGGUUUGUUCCUUGGUGCACUUGAUAAUCAUCCUACAAUGCACGACGAAAUGACUGGUAGGCAGCAAUUUAUUUACACUGCCAAGCAGAUGGGGCAAAGGAGUUGGGGUUCAGCCAAGACAUUUGCAGUCAUGGGUCUAGUUUUCUCAGCUGCCGAGUGUGUUGUUGAGAAGGCACGGGCUAAACAUGACAUGACAAAUACAGUUGUUGCUGGUUGCGUAACUGGGGGUGUAAUGUCGGCAAAAGGUGGUCCACAGGCAGCCUGCAUUGGUUGUGCUGGCUUUGCAACUUUCUCAGUUCUGAUAGAGAAGUUCUUAGAUAGACACAGUUGAGCAGACACCCGGCUCCAGUUUUGCAAAUUCCAGGUUUUAGUCUGGACAAUGAGUUCUAGCUGCCCGGAUAAAUUCAUCAUAGUUUUCCUGUUUUCAUCCUCAUUGAAUUUGAGUGCAUCGCUAAGAAUGAAGAUAGAAGUUGUACUAAUUAAUUCUCCCAUGUACUACUGCAGUAUUAUUAGUACACAUAUUCUUUAGUAAUUCACAUAUAGGAGGUGAUUGGAUCGUUCUAUCCAUCCAACCUUCGAAUGAUUCUGUAAUACCAAGUUUUUUGGCAAGUUGAAGCAGUUUGCGAUUGAUGACUGAUUAUUCAAUCUUUGAUAAUAAAGAAUUCGGGUGGCUGGACCUAGGGUACCAAAUGCA